AGAACUUCCACGUUCGCCGCCAUUUUGACAUCCAGCGAAUUAUAAAAGAGUUCAGUGAAGUGUUGCGUUUUUUAUUCAAAAUAAAGUUAUUUGCCGCUGAGUGUAUUUCAUAGACUCAAAAUGGGGAAUAUGUUUGCAAAUUUAUUUAAAGGCCUAUUCGGCAAGAAAGAAAUGAGAAUAUUGAUGGUUGGAUUAGAUGCAGCUGGUAAAACCACAAUUCUAUACAAACUUAAAUUAGGUGAAAUUGUUACAACAAUUCCUACUAUUGGGUUUAAUGUGGAAACUGUAGAAUACAAAAACAUCAGUUUCACUGUAUGGGAUGUGGGUGGUCAGGACAAAAUUAGGCCCCUGUGGAGGCACUAUUUCCAGAAUACACAGGGUCUCAUUUUUGUAGUAGACAGUAACGACCGAGAGCGUAUUGGCGAAGCACGUGAAGAACUCAUGCGAAUGUUAAGUGAAGACGAGCUUCGAGAUGCUGUGCUUUUGAUCUUUGCAAACAAACAGGAUCUGCCAAACGCAAUGAACGCAGCGGAGAUAACGGACAAACUGGGGCUGCACUCUCUCCGCAACCGCAACUGGUACAUCCAGGCAACGUGUGCCACCUCCGGCGACGGCCUCUACGAGGGGCUCGACUGGCUCUCCAAUCAGCUCAAGAAUGCCAACCGCUAACCAUGUGCGCUACCAACACACAGACAAAUCUGAUUACGAAAGAGACUAUGGUUUAAGAUAUGUUAACUUUAUUUGCUAUAAAAUACAAUGUAUUAUGUGCGGAAUCAUAAAUGUAUUACUGAUGCGUCACCCGGUGACCGAGCUUUCGUCGCGGGAGGAGUUUACGUUGUGCGCGCGCGCCGAGCCCCAGUGCAGUGCUGUUAGGGUCCACGUUCGAAUGCGUUGUCUGUUCGAUCCCCGAUGACGUUGAACAAAAUAUAGUGUGUAAAUUUAAUGCAAAAUUACAAUUUUGUUUACAAUUUAUCAGUAAAGGAAUGGUGUACACGUUGAGUGAACGCGCAUUGUGAUGUGGAUAGGUACGUAGCUGACGCGUGAUAAAGUGAAUCACAGCAUAACAUGUUUUAUAUGUAUACUUUACUAUAAUGUGGAAUAAGUUGUCGUAAUAAAGUAUUUAAAGUUAAUUUACUUCUUGUGACUUUGAUUUGUUUAGUGGUAUGCCUGUAGCGACCUGGCCGAUAGGUAGACGGUAAGCGGUAGGCAGAGCUUUUACCGCUACCUAUUCACAUCGCUAUGUUGUUGAGCUCGUGUGUGUCCUCUAUUGUCGCCGAUUUUUCUGCAUAUUCCACUAAUACUUUGAAUGACUUAUUGUAUGAUGAUAGUUUAUUUUUUAUGGAAGUUAACUAGGUAGAAUAAGCUGUUACGUAUUUUACAUCAGAUACACUUCUUUUAGACGGUUCCGUUUCAUUUAACGGCUCGUUGUGAUGAACCUGCAUUUACACGACUUCUCAUGGCGAUCCGAGAUUAACUUGUAAUUUAGGUAUUAAUAUGUAUUAGAUAAACAUGGUGUCAUCUUGAGAAGUGUUCUCGUUUAAUGGGGGACAGUGCUCAGAAGAUUCAGCGGUAUUUUGCUCUUACACAAUUAAUUAUAACUUAGCGUUUUUUAUAAUAAUUUAGAGAAAAUUGUUAAAACACAUUUCAGUGGUGCAGUUUGUGGAGGUGUGGCAGAUAGACUUUUUUAUUUUUAUGGAAAUCAAAAAUGAUGAAAAAUGCGAAAUGUGACAUUCCGGUUUGUCUUAUUGCUGUAUUAUGGAAUAAAAUAUCCUCACCGA